AUGGACGCUCUCACAACGCGGGCAAGUGCGCCGUCACCUAAAGCCCAACAAAUCACCGUCCUCGGCAGUCGCACACCAGCUAAAUUCCCUCAUCACCAAGCGCCUUCCCCGCCAACGCACUAUACGGGCUCUGGCAACUAUACAGACACAGAGUGGCGUGAAGUUCAAGGCUGGGGACAAGUCAAGGAGACGCAUGAAAUCACAAAGAUCACCGAUGAGUUGGGACGCAAGAUUAUCAAUAAGUAUGAAGUGAUCAAGGAAAUCGGACGGGGUGUCCAUGGCAAGGUGAAGCUAGCGCGGACCAUGGACUCGAAUGAGAUGGUAGCGCUCAAGAUAUUGCCAAAGACGAUGCGCGCACGGCUCGGGCGACCAGAGACCUCCACGACCCAGGAAGCUGUUGUACGUCGAGAAAUUGCCAUUCUCAAGAAGUGUGUGCAUCCGCAUGUCGUUCGGCUGCGUGAAGUCAUUGAUGAUCCGCAAGCCGACAAAAUCUAUCUGGUCCUCGAGUACAUGUGGGGCGGCGAGGUUAUUUGGCGUAAUGAUGAGGAUGAGCCAGUCCUCAAGCUGCACCAGGCAAGAAGCACAUUUCGAGAUACAGUCUUGGGCCUCGAAUUCUGCAUCAUUCAUCGCGACAUCAAGCCAGCGAAUUUACUUUGGACCAAAAAUCAUUCGGUCAAAAUAUCAGACUUUGGUGUUUCUCACAUUUCCAGUGCUGUAGAUCAAUCGACCACAGCCCUUGAGUUGGCCAAAACAGCGGGCACGCCUGCCUUCUUCGCACCGGAGCUCUGCUGGACAGGAUCCGGUGAACGACCACCCAUCACUAAGGCUAUCGAUAUCUGGGCUCUCGGUGUCACAUUGUACUGUCUACUCUGUGGCAAAGUCCCCUUUGAAGCGCAAAACGAAUUUGAACUAUUUGAACGCAUCGUUGCCGACGAGGUGGAAAUUCCAGAAGCUGUGGAUUCCGAUGCGCGUGACUUAUUGCAGCGCAUGUUGAUCAAAGACCCAGCGAAACGCAUCACAAUCCCAGAAAUCAAGCGGCAUGCAUUUGUUUUGAAGGGCGUCAAGGAUCCAGAUCACUGGAUCUCCGUCACAAAUCCAGGUCUCUUUGGUGUAUUGGAAGUCAGCGAAACGGAAGUGCACGAAGCAGUAUCGACUUUUGACGCAUUCAAACGCCGUCUUGGUAAGCUUGGCAGUCGACUUGCAACAGGCUUACGCCGUCGCGCAAAUACCGGACUGAGUUCAGCAAGUCUUUCCACAAAUGAUUUCGAUAAAGUACGAUCUAAGGAAGGCUCACUCAUGACGACUAGCACGUCGACAGAAUCGAAGCAAAGCGAUGGACGCGGCUGGAUGAGUCUCAUGCGGAGGGAACAGAGCGGCAGCGUCAAGAAGAACCAGUCCUUUGAAUCACUCGCUGCUGCUGCAUCAGGCGCAAGCAAUGCAGUCCGACCCAUCAAUGUACGUCGUCCAUCACCGCGCGACUUGCACAGUCACAGCCAUUUGACAAGGUCACAAGGCGAUCGUGCAAUUUUGGAUGGACCGCAUGUCGCGGAAACAGGUGUUCUUGCCGGCAAUGGCGGCGUUUCACGGCAUUUAUCCCUGCAUCGACUCAAUGGCCAUACAGCAGUCGAUGAAAGUAGUCUUUUACGCAGUUCAUCAGAUCCUGCAGCGCGCAUGAUGGUUGGCCGAUCCAAGGGCUUCUCUUCAGAACUCAGCACACCGAUUGAUGCGCACUUGCCAGUCUUGUCAUUUGAGUCGGAAGGUGGGAGUGAGUCUGUGUAUGAUGAGGAGUCUGAAGAUGAAGAUGAUGGCUUUUGCAUUGACUUUGACAAGCGUCGCAAGCGAAACGAUUGA